AUGGAUAGACUACAAAGAUUAAUGAUGAGCCAGAGGUCCAAUAUGAUCGGAGCGGCGGCAACUGAUGUUCCACUGGAUGACACCAAGGAGACUGUUUAUAUCUCAUCUUUGGCACUUCUCAAAAUGUUGAAACAUGGUAGAGCAGGUGUUCCAAUGGAAGUUAUGGGAUUAAUGUUAGGUGACUUUAUUGAUGAAUACACUGUAAAUGUUGUAGACGUUUUUGCAAUGCCUCAAUCUGGUACUGGUGUAUCCGUUGAAGCUGUUGAUGAUGUUUUUCAAGCUAAAAUGAUGGAUAUGUUGAAGCAAACGGGUAGGGACCAGAUGGUUGUCGGUUGGUACCAUUCGCAUCCGGGCUUUGGUUGUUGGUUAUCUUCAGUUGAUGUUGAUACACAAAGGUCUUUUGAGCAAUUAAAUAAUAGAGCUGUUGCUGUUGUCGUUGACCCAAUUCAAUCCGUCAAGGGCAAGGUGGUUAUCGAUGCAUUUAGGUUGAUAAGUCCCGCCACUGUCGUUAGGAAUCAAGAACCAAGACAAACUACCUCUAAUGUUGGACUUUUGAACAAGCCUAAUAUCCAAUCUUUAAUUCAUGGGCUGAACCGGCAUUACUAUUCUUUAAAUAUUGACUAUCACAAGACUUCUGCAGAAACCAAUAUGUUAAUGAACCUUCAUAAGGAGCAAUGGCAAUCAGGAUUGAAAAUGCAUGACUUUAAGGUUAAAGAACAUAACAAUUUGGAGGCUACCAAAAAAUUGGUUAGAAUAGCGGAACAAUACACGAAAAGGAUUGAUGAGGAAAAGGAACUGACUGAAGAAGAACUGAAGACUCGUUACGUUGGAAAACAAGAUCCUAAGAAACAUCUGUCAGAAACAACUGAUCGUGUAUUGGAGGAAAACCUAGUCUCCGUUUUAGCUGCUGGUGUCAAUUCCAUGGCAAUCAAAUAG